AUGGCAGACAAUCUGACAUCCAUUACAGAGUUCAUCUUACUGGGAUUUCCCCUUGGCCCAAGGACUCAGAUGUUCCUCUUUGGGCUCUUCUCUCUAUUCUAUGUUCUCACCCUGCUGGGCAAUGGUGUCAUCCUGAGACUCAUCUGGUUGGAUCCCAGACUUCACACCCCCAUGUACUUCUUCCUCUCAAAUCUGGCCAUUGUUGACAUUGCUUAUGCCUGCAACACGGUGCCCCAGAUGCUGGUAAACCUUCUGAAUCCCUCCAAGCCCAUCUCCUUUGCUGGCUGUGUAACACAGACUUUCCUCUUUUUGACAUUUGCUGUCACAGAAUGUCUUCUCCUGGUGGUGAUGUCCUAUGAUCGCUAUGUGGCCAUCUGCCACCCCCUCCGAUAUUCUGCCAUCAUGAGUUGGAGAAUGUGCGUCACCCUGGUCAUCACUUCCUGGGCCAUUGGAGUCCUUCUGUCCCUGAUUCAUCUAGUGUUACUCCUACCAUUGCCUUUCUGUAGGUCUCAGAAAAUUAAUCACUUUUUCUGUGAAAUCAUGGCUGUGCUCAAACUUGCCUGUGCAGAUACCCACAUCAAUGAGAACAUGGUCCUAGCUGGAGCAACUUCUGUGCUGGUGGGACCCUUCUCCUCAAUUGUAGUUUCCUAUGUGUGCAUUCUCUGUGCAAUCCUUCAGAUCAAGUCUGGGGAAGGUCAAAGGAAAGCCUUCUCCACUUGCUCCUCCCACCUGUGUGUGGUUGGACUCUUUUAUGGCACAGCCAUUAUCACCUAUGUUGGACCCAGAUAUGGGAGCCCCAAAGAGCAAAAGAAAUACCUCCUGCUAUUUCACAGCCUCUUCAAUCCCAUGCUCAAUCCCCUUAUUUAUAGUCUUAGAAACUCAGACGUAAAGAAUACAUUAAAGAGAGCACUAGGAAUGGAGACCGAUAUAUGA